GCAUCCGACAUUCAGUCGCAAGAAGUUUGUUGUGAGACGACGCAGCAGCACAAAAUUCAAAAUGAACGCGACUAGCAGAAAGAUGUGGCUGAGCUGUCUUGUGGCCUCUUCAAUGGUGGCGUUGGCGACGCCAGCCAACGAGUACCUCCCUCCAAGCAAGGGGUACAACUACGACAAACCUAACGUACCUUUUCCCACAAACAAUAAUGGAAUUCAGCAACCAAGGCCGACGCCCCCACCGAACAGGCCGCCCCAGCCCAGACCCACCUACAUACCGCCUGGCCCGUCGCCGCCCCCACGACCCACCUACAUACCGCCAGGACCCACGCCUGGGCCAGGACCCAGGCCCACGCCGCAAGAGGACCACCACCACGAUCACCACGACGAACAUCACCACCACGAACCAGGCAUGCCCUUCGACUUCUCGUACGCUGUGAACGAAGACGGGAACGACUACAGCCACAACGCCAUAUCUGACGGCGACGUCACCCGCGGCGAGUAUCGCGUGGCUCUGCCCGAUGGUCGCACGCAAAUCGUCAAGUAUACCGCUGAUUGGAAGAACGGAUUCAACGCUGAGGUGAGCUACGAAGGCGAAGCGCGGUACCCUGACCAGCAACCCGGAUACCCCUCCGGCGGACCCGGAGCCCCCAGUGGUCCCGGCCAGCCCUAUGUGCCACCAAGCCAAGGUGGAGGCUACCAGUAUUAGGUAUUGACGCCCAACGUGUGACCAAAAUGUUGGCACCCAACGUGUAAAUGUGAUCAUUAUUGUAUGCUGUUUUGUGGCGCGUCUACGGUACAUUGCUGAUGAAAACUUGUAUACAAAAAUUUCCUUCAAACUUAAGACCAGUUUUAAUAUUUGCUGAUUAAACUGAAACAAUUCACAGGUAUUUGUUAAAUUAAAAAAUAUAUAAAAAGACAACUUUUUCAAAACUUGAAAAUUUAGUAAUCGCAGCAUAAUUUAACAAUCAGGAAAUACAUGCAAAAAUCCGUAGAACGUUAGUGCAUAAAAUACUUACGAAACAACUGAAUGCGUAGUUACCGAAACAGUUACCAAUUAGUUUAAUGUUUACUUUAAUUAUGUACUUUAUUGAGUUCCCUAAAAUUUUAGCUCAUAAUGAGCUUACAAUUUAUACCUAUGAUUAAGUUGCAUUACGUACUGAUAAAAAAUAUGGAAACAAAACUGAAAUGUAUGAUUUACAUAUUUCAAAUUAAAUAGACUCCCCUGCAACACUCAAGUUUUGUCUAAGAGGAAAAAGGUCGAGGUAAUAUAGACAUAUAUUCCCAAAUCAUAGCAAAACUUUUGCAGAUAAUUAAUAACAAUAACCGCUAAUAAAAUAAUUAAAAACCACAGCAUCUUUACACACCUUUAAGUUUAAGUUUAACAUUAUAAAAUACUCAUUAUACUGCCGUACUUAGAUAUUUAUUGUAUAGUGUAAAAAUAAUACUUGCAAAAUUGUUAUAAAAAUGCCUUUUGUACCUUAUUUUUUAUAAAAUAAAAUGUAAGAUUUUUAAA